GCGCACGGCGGCGGCGGCAGCGCGGGCCGUCACUCGGGCCGGCAUGGCGGUCUGCGCUCGGCUCUGCGGGGUGGGCCCGUCGCGGGGAUGCCGGCGCCGCCAGCAGCGCCAGGGCCUGGCCGAGACCGCGGCGGCCGACAGCGAGCCGGACACCGACCCCGAGGAGGAGCGCAUCGAGGCGGGCGCGGCGGCGCUGUCCGGGGCUGGCGUCGGCCGGAGCGCGGGCCCCUCGCCGCCCCCGCGCUGCUCGCUGCUGGAGCUGCCGCCCGAGCUGCUUGUGGAGAUCUUCGCCUCGCUGCCCGGCACCGACCUGCCCAGCCUGGCCCAGGUCUGCACCAAGUUCCGGCACAUCCUGCACACCGACACCAUCUGGAGACGGCGCUGCCGGGAGGAGUAUGGCGUGUGUGAGAACUUGCGGAAGCUGGAGAUCACGGGCGUGUCUUGUAGAGACGUCUACGCGAAGCGUAUAAACCCUCGUGUGAAGUCAGGACGGUUCAUGAAAAUUCUUCCCGAUUACGAGCACAUGGAGUACAGAGAUGUUUACACCUGCCUGCUUCACCGGUACAGACACAUUCUGGGGCUGUGGCAGCCAGACAUCGGGCCGUACGGAGGGCUGCUGAAUGUGGUGGUGGACGGCUUGUUCAUAAUUGGCUGGAUGUACAUGCCUCCUCACGAUCCUCACGUGGAUGACCCCAUGCGCUUCAAACCCUUAUUCAGAAUCCACCUCAUGGAGAGGAGAUCCGCCACGGUGGAGUGCAUGUACGGCCACAGAGGGCCACACAACGGCCACAUCCAGAUUGUGAAGAUGGAUGAGUUCUCCACCAAGUGCAACCAGACGGACCACCACAGGAUGCCCGGCGGGAGGCAGGAGGAGUUCCGGACAUGGCUCAGGGAGGAGUGGGGCCGGACACUGGAGGAUAUUUUCCACGAGCACAUGCAGGAGCUCAUCCUGAUGAAGUUCAUCUACACCAGUCAGUACGACAACUGCCUGACCUACCGCCGCAUCUACCUCCCGCCCAGCCACCCAGAUGACCUCAUCAGACCCGGUCUCUUCAAGGGCACCUACGGCAGCCACGGCCUGGAAAUCGUCAUGCUCAGCUUCCAUGGGAAGCGUGCCAGGGGCACAAAGAUAACGGGUGACCCCAACAUCCCCGCCGGGCAGCAGACAGUGGAGAUCGACCUCAUGCACCGCAUCCAGCUGCCCGACGUCGAGAACCUCCGCGACUUCAACGAGCUCUCCCGUCUCGUCCUGGAGGUCCGCGAGCAGGUGCGGCAGGAGCAGGGGGAAGCCGGGCCAGACGGCGGCGAGGGCCGCGGCCAUCAGAGCCCCCAAGAGCCCCGGGGCCCCGCACCUCCCAGCGCAGAGCCACCCACCGAGAAGGGCAGGGGGCCAGGGGAAGGAGCAGUGGCGGCGGCGGCUGAGCAGCCUGCCCAGUCUGGGCAGGGGCAGCAGUUUGUGCUGCCCAUGGGUGUGAGCUGCAGGAACGAGGACUACCCCCGGACCUGCAGGAUGUGUUUUUACGGCACUGGCCUCAUCGCCGGCCACGGCUUCACCAGCCCUGAGCGCACCCCCGGGGUCUUCAUCCUGUUCGACGAGGACCGCUUCGGGUUCAUCUGGCUGGAGCUGAAAUCCUUCAGCCUGUACAGCAGGGUCCAGGCCGCCUUCCGGAACGCGGAGGCCCCGUCCCCGCAGGCCUUCGAGGACAUGCUGAAAAACAUUCAGUCCCUGACCGCCUGAUGGCCCACAUCCUCGGCACAGGGCGGCUACCCGGGCUGUGGGCCCGGCGCCCUGGGGACGGAGCAGUAUGUCCUUCAGCGAUACGGCCUCUGGCCAGGACACCUGCCCUCCUGUUGGGGGCUCGGCCAGCUGCCCAGCACUUGCUGUGGAGCGUCAGUGUGUGUCUGUGUGUCUGUCAGGAGCUGACGGGAAGCAGACUGAGCAAGAGAGAGCGAGAGCCAGUCUGACCUGGUCCGGAGGCCCAUCAUGGGGCACGAAUGACAGUCGUAGAGACUGGGUUUGUCCUUGGCCUGGUGGCAGUUUUCUGGGAAAAAUAAAACCCUCCUUCAGGGAAGCUGGUGAUAGAACAGUGGGUCUGUCCCUCUGGCCUGAUAAGGGGUUGUGUGUGGGGUGUGCCAGCCCCACUGCCUGCUCUGUGGGGGCAUCGGGGGCUGGGCGCAGGGCUGUGGGAAGCUGAGUGUCCCUGCAGCCCAGGCAGGUUGGGGGGGCAGUGUGUGUGCAGGGGGAGCUCUGGGAGGUCGGGGGUCGGCUUGGGACCCUGCAUUGAGUUCCUGUUUCUCUACUGACUUGUUGGAGUUUUGACAGCAUUUCAUCCUGACCUCAGUUUCAGCAUCAGUGAAAUGGGUCAGCAAUACGGGUCACCAGAGAUAGCCACUGCAGGCCUUCCAGCAGCCUGGAGGCUGUGUGGACACAGCCCUCUGUGCCUGCCCUGGUCUGGCCAGCUUCGGAAUCAGGACCAUUGCUGCGGUCAGUUCCAGACGCGGUGUUCAUCUUGCACACACCCUCCUUUGCCGUUCCUUGCACACAUCUGGUGUCAAAACCCUGAGCUGUAACUACUUGUCACAGAACUUGUCCCAAAGCAGGACAGGCCACUCCAAGACGGCCCUGCGUGGGCUCCGUUCACGUAGUUUACACAGGCGCUGUUCCUGGAAGCGUGAAAACACCUGUAGUGGUUGCACGAAACGACUGUGAAGCCCCUUUGCUGAGAGAGGGCAGCUUUCUAGGAAGUUGGCCCCCACGCAUGGCGUGCGCUUUGGAGGCCAGGGCCUCUCAGGGACCCUCCGGCGUGGAGACCCCCAGCGCUGACCCUUCCACUGGCGCUGUGCUGACCUUGCAUUUGGGGGCCCCUAUAAGCUCUCUGCUUAUCUUAGUGUCUCCUGAAGAACAGAGCCCCAAAUGCGUGCAGACCCCCUGAGGCAGUGAUCGGCCUGCAGCCUGCAGAGACCUCCGCGCAUGCACCUUCUGUGGGGCAGGGCAGACCUCAUUGCCCUCUCUGCUGCUUGUCCUUGUCGGUGGGCUGUGCUGAGCCCUCAUGGCAGGGGUGAGGGGCCCAGGGGAGUGGGUCGCCUGUGGUGCCUUUGUGGAGAGACUAACCUGAGAUGUCCCGUGAGACAUGUCCUAUUUUCCUGAUCAAUUUCCCCGACUGGCCUUUUUGUAAAAUUAAAGAUUCCCAUGUCCUGGCUUCGGUA